AUGUCAAGCAAAGUAUAUCUAUUGAUAUUUACACUUGUAUUUGUUUCACUACAUUUUUCAAUCACUAACUCAGUGCAGCAAAGAUCUCUCUCAUAGAAUUCUUUCCAAAGACCAGCUUUCCUAUCAGAGACUGCAGAUUCUAACCAAAAUCCAAGGUUCCUUGCUUAGAAAUCUUCAGGACGCUUCAGAACAUCUUCUAUUGUGUAUGUUGGAGGAGGCAGAUAUUACUACUCUGGAAGGUCAGCAACUUUUGGUGAAACUAUGAUCGGUUUGGGAGUUAUAGUCGCUUUUAUCCUCGUUGCUGCUGCAAUUGUUUGGACUUGUGAGAAAUGCGGCUGCUGCAAAAAACAUCAUGAGCACCAUGACGAGCAUGAACAUAAGUGA